AUGCUAGAAAAAGUUUCCGAUCAAGGGCACGUAAACAAACCGAGAAAUCGAAGCAGCUAUAAAGUAGUGAAUAGAAAUUUGGCUGGUCGAUGCUUUCAGAUUGUCUCAGCUUUAUGUCAACCACCAGGAGCUUGGAUCCCAUCUCUUUUGUCGAGACUCGUCGAAACAGCCGGACUCAAGACAGCUGGACUCAAGAAAGUGAUUUUAGAGAUUUUAGAAACGAUGAUACACAAGCCCACG